UUCAUGCCAACCGGGUGAUCCACAGAGACAUCAAAAGCAGCAACAUCCUUCUGGGCCGGGAUGGCUCCGUCAAGUUGGCUGAUUUUGGCCUCUGUGCUGUGCUCAUCCAUGAACAAAGUAAACGGAUGUCGGUGGUCGGGACCACUUGCUGGAUGGCACCAGAACUUGUGAGAGGAGAGCUGUACGGCCCCAAAGUGGAUACCUGGUCCCUUGGCAUCGUGGGAAUAGAAAUGGCUAAAGGAAGGGCUCCUUAUAUUUGGAAAACCAAGGAAAGGGCUAAAUAUCUGAUAGGCAAGCGAGGGGCGCCUGAUCUGCACAAGCUCAAGCUACCCUCUGCCUUGUCUGAAUUUCUGGGUUGCUGCCUGCAGAUGGAUGUGGACAGCAUCCAUUUCUCAAAUUAGCAGAGCCUCUCUCCAGCCUCUUCUGAAGCCUCAUUGCUGUCAUCCCUGCAGCAAAGUGAUGCAGGAAGCAGAGGAGAUGACCAGGAGCACUU